UAUGCCCGUGGGCUCAUAAAUUUGUGGCGACCUCUUUCGACUUGGUUUUUUGCAAGUCCGAGAUACGAAUGUGCUAUUUCCUCCAAAAUUAUCAUUAUUACUAUAACAACAACCCUGCUAUUCUACAACAGGUAUUUUUAAUGAGCUUUUCUAGUGGAAAGUGAUCGAUUGAUGCAUAUGGAAUCCAAGAAAGACACCAAAGCGUGACAAUAACAACAUCGUUCUCCGUGACAACUGUCUGCGUGGUUGAGUGAAAUCGUGCGACUAGUUGUAGUAACAACACAUACUUCUAGUUCUGUUCCAGGAAAUACAUACUUCUUCUUGUUCUGAUUCGCUGUAGAAAAGUCCAUCUUAGAAAUCGUCAAGCUUCCAUGGCUUCGCCAAGAGAUGCAUAUACCAGUGCUGAAGCAGAAACUACACAAGGAGGUUCCGCCGUCUCCGUCAGCUGUAUACCAUCGUUGGACGAGUCGAAUAUUGACGAUAGUGAUGAUGGUGUUGAGCAUAUCCAGUCAGUCUUCUCGCUCGCUCCUGAUGACGCUGAUGAUGUGAAGAGCACAAACCCUGAUGAUGGGGGCAGUAGUACACGGCCCCCUACCACAGGUGGCGCCAGCUCAAGGUCUUUUUUCUCCCGGCUUACCGCACAAAGAGAUAAUGUGCAAGACGUUCUUAAAGUCACCAGAACAUAUGCUCCUAAAAUAGACUCGGGAAACCUUCGGAUCGUCCCGCAAAUAAUCAACAAGGCAACGCAGAAUUCUGGUAACAUUAAUUUUAAUCUCGAUUUAAGUCCUACUCGAAUCACACUACCUGGUACUGCAGGCUCGACUGUUUGUUCGAUUGCCCAGAGCCCUUCAACGCCAACAAAAACAUUGAACGGGGCAGCGGGGCUACCAAGAUCCCCAGUAGUCUCCAUUCCGCACCCUGCUCCGAUCCAACGACCUGUGGCCAUCGUGACGAAUGCCACAGGACAGACCAUCCACAUACCCCUAGUGAACACAACAACUAGUGCCAGUGUCUUAACGACUCUACUCACAGACAAGGCUUCAUUGCCCGUAGUGACUGCGCCAAAGGUGAACAAUACGAGGCCCGUAACAGCAAGUAGUACCCCAGUCCCCAUAAGGCCAGCGAUGACCACGCCUAUAAAGCCCUCAGCACAGACAGGGAUGGCGGCGGGCUCCGCCAGCGUACCACGGCUUGUUAUGCUGAAGAAGAAGGGGAGUAGUGACCCGGGGCAGCUCAUGUACAUGAUAAACAGUAGUUCGGGGGGGAGUACUGUCCAGUUUUUGAUCCCAGAGGGCACCGCCGUGCCGAAAAAUGUGCCGAUAUUUAUCCCCAAUUUUGUUGUGAGUAGUACGGCAUCCGGGACCACGCCCGUGCAAAUGAGUAGCAUGACAUUGCCGACCACUGGUAUCCCCGCCAUCCCAACGUCUACUAUACACAUCAAUUCCGGGUUAGUUACGUCACCGAUUAUAGCCAGUAAAGUGGCUGGAGAGAGUCCGACAGUACAUAUAAACACAAACAACGCUGCAAAUUUAGCUCAGAAACCAACCGCAACGACUCAGAACAACACAAUUACCAGUAUUUCAAGGAAUACUGUCAGCAUAUUCCCCAAACCAAGCAUAACAACACAAGUUAACACCGUAUGUGAUGUGUCGACUUCCAAACGAGACACACCAAUGCUAAGUCAGAACACAGCCAGUUUGACAACAGCAACAACAAAGUCGUUAGCGCAGACUUCAGCUAGUGAGACAGCAAGCUCUUCAAGCAGCGGAGUCAGCCCGCACGAGGCUCGCAUUCAAAGACUAAAAGAUCUCGUGAAAAAACAAGAGGCCGCUAUAGAAAAAAUACGGGAAAAGCGGCGCAAGGAGCUUGAGGAUGUUCACGAGAAAGUAACUGCCGUAUACGCGAGCGAGGGCGCGCUAAGCGAACCUACACGAACCAAGGGACAAUUCCUCGUCCCUUUGCCACCAAAAAAGGCGAGACUUGACUUGCCUAAACCGAAGACGAUCAAAUCAAACCAGGGCUUUCUUCCAACCAGCGGCGACGGGGAGUUCGUUAAGCUAGUGGGACUGGAAAAUGUCGUUAGUAUUGUACAACUGGAUAGCAAGCCGCAGAUGAACUGAAGGCUCACCUUGGAAAUUACCGCGAAGGUUCACUGCUGACAAACGGUGAAGGCUACUGGUAAACUAAAAGAGGAGAGCUCGCCUCUAGUUCACAAAAACGACAUAAAAUAAGCGCGCAUGAAAGCGAGUAUGAAAAUCAACGACGGCAAGAAAACAAUCAUUUUUGAUCAUGUUAUGUAACCGUAUGUUCCUUGCCCGCGAUCGUGUAUUCACGCUGUCAUGGCGCUCAAAUAUACUCUACGAUUUAACCGCGGGGAAGGGCAUUAGAAAAGGUACUCCGAGAACAUUAAUGCGAUGGUUAACCGCAAGUGAUUAUAAAGAGAGACUAAGAUAUAGAGGAAGGGCCCCCGGGAAAAGUUAUUAGCACUUUUGCAGGUACUGGUAAACACAGAAACGCGGUUACUUCUCUUCUCGAAAUUUUACUAAAUCAAGAACGCGAGAAGAGAUAAGGGCGGGGCCAUGAAGCGUGGGCUCAAUUGCCAGAGGAUGAUAAACGGGCGCACCAAGCAAUAACUGCCGCUGUUGUCAACAGGCUCGCCGCUGUUGUCAGUUGGUGUUUACCGUCAGUUAUACGGAGCAUUGCCACCCAGAGGAAGGGAAUGAUAGUCUGGUACUUGAUUAACAGCUGUAAUAAGUUAUUGUGCAGUGUAUACAAAACGCCUUCAGUCAUUGACAUUACUGUAUCGGUCGCCCUCGAGUGUUCGGGGAACGCAGAUCCGUGGUCGUACAGUACCUAGCCCAGCUAAUAAUUCCCCAUUCCCGUUACAAUACUUUUACAAAAAAGCACCCACCCCUACCCCUACUACCGGGGAUGUAUGUCUCGUCACUCCCCUAAACCUCAGCCACCUCCACGUCGAGCGUCUUUCUUGUUAAAAAAAUUAUGUGAUUAGGUUACAUGCGUGGGGAGGAGACUGGGUUCAUUCGCCACAGGAUGCCCAAAUAUUUAAAAGCUCGAAAGCGCCUGUGUAGGAAGCUACCAAGUCCCUGACAAAAGUCCAAGUACGGCCAUGGAAUAACUUUUUGCAGUAUUGCUGCUUUUCCCAUCCAUAUGUAGUGGUACAUUUUUUGAGCAUUUUCCGUAUACCCGGACUCUUAUACUAUUUUAUACGUUUUAAUGCUCGUGUGAAUCUUAUAAAAGAAGCACCUAUGUUUUUAUAAUGUCAUUUUUGAUGUUUUAUAAAUUUAUGUAUAAUUUUUCAUACUUAACACGUAAAUUAUUUUGCUCAAUAGUAAAGUGUCGAUGCCA